AUAAUAACGGGAAAACAAAAGAGGCUUUAAUUCCAAGUCUACAUUUGGCGUCACGAACAGGAUUGCAUCUUCAGGCAUUUGUCUCAAUCAUUCAAGGAAUCAAUUCCAUUGACAUUGAUUAGAGAUGGUUGCAAGUUAUUCUCGAUACCCAACGACGAUGGUAUGCUUAUUUUUAAUUUUACUUGGCAUUUAUCAAGAAAGCCAAGCCUUAUGGACUCCUCGAGUUCAAGAAAUCACUCGGAAUGCAACUCUGAAAUCUGGCCAACAUUUUACUCUACCCUUUAUUUCCAAAUGGGGAUUAUGGGAUUGGGUGCCACGCAAUGAUAAAGACCUUGCUAAAUAUCGUAAGGACGUCUUUGGAGGAUGUAACUUUUACCACCAAUGUUACAAAAGCAGAGUAAUUUGGCCGGUAAAAGACGGGGGGUAUACUGGUAGUGCUCAAAGACGAGAAAUUUGUUCCAAAGAACAAUGUGAAGUUAUAGGGUUAAACCUCAUAACGUCUACUAAUGUGGAAAUUAAUUUAGUUCUGAAUCGUACCCACAUGCUUACAAUAUGGGAUUCAUUGACCCAAGGGUGUAUUUAUCCCAUAGUGUUGCCAUGUGAAGGGUUUCUGAGGGAUGCUUCCUCAAGAACAACAAGAUUCAAGGGAAAUUAUGUACGAGUAUGGCAUUCAGAAGAUGAGAAUGAAUAUUGUGAGACUGAACUAGAAACUGGGGAAAUCGGAAGGUGUUUUUAUCUUUCUGCGGUAAAGUCAAACAAAGCUCAAACAUGCCCAAAUACAACUAUUGCACCAGCUCAUGGUAUUUUGUUGGCAAAAGAAACCAAAACCUUAAUAAAUGAAGCCCAUAUGGUGCGACAACGAAUUAAUUAUAACUUGAACUCUCUUCUUACAGUUUUUGAUCAGUCUUAUUGUGGUAAUUUUACACAAAUAAGAAGUUGGUUGGACAAAGAAGUUAAAUAUUAUACCUCUAAAAAUCCUCUGAGUAGUAAAAAUCGUAAAACUCGAAGUAUAUGGGGAGACAUAGCGGGGGUAUUUGGUUCUGUCAAUUCAAUUAGUAAUACUGCUCAAAUGAAUCAACUAAGCAAGUAUACUCAGUGGGUGGGGACAAUGUCUGGGAAAGGACUCACUGAGGCUCUUCAGGGUUCUCUACAUAUUAUAGCAGCGGGUCAGCAUCUUAAUGAUGCUGCAAAGGAAUUGGCAGAUGCAUUAACAAAAUCGUCUAAUUUUGAGACACAUCGUGCAGCGUGUUUAUUUUUAGCUCAGAAUUUAAAGGAUCAAAUGGUAGAAGAUAUUCAAGUUAUUCGAAUGGGACAAGUUCCUGAGCGAAUAGCAGAAUCUUUGUUAGUGGUUUUCGGUAAUCAACUUAAUUUGACUUCUGCUAAACAUAUUCCAUUAGUUAAAAUCGCUAUUAAUGAAAAUUCGUUGUCAGGUUCUGGAAUGUUACCUUUGAUUAUGAUAUGGCCUCAAUAUGGGAAGCGCAAUGUUAUGACAGUCAGGCAAUUCCAAUCAAUGGGUGUUAGACAAGGAAAUUCAGUAAUUAGAUUAGGAAGGAAUGGAUAUUGGGCUGACGGCGAUACACCAAUGAUUUCUACUACAGACUGUUGUGUUGAGGAACAUGAGUGGGUAAUUUGCUCAUGCUCUACAAUGUUUAGUCUAUCUCUUAAUGGUUCUGCUGUUUGGGAAGUAGUUCCUUUAGAUCAAGCCACAGGUGCAUGGCAGGUGUCAGAAGCACAGUGGUGUAUAUUACAUGAUGGAAUAAGUGAAAAUAUGAUAUACGGGGGAAAGUUGUGUCCAAUUCCUCCUGAUCCAUUUUGCCUUGAGAUUCUCUAUCCUCUUCACUUGGGUGGAAUUCAUGUUCCACAUGUGCAAUUGUUGCAGAUAGAGCCACAAUGGUGGAAUAAUGAUCUAGUAGAAGAACGGAAUUAUGAACUCUUUGAAAUGGUUAGAAGAGUUAAAAAGAGUGUAAAAGCAGCUCAAGAGGAGGGAAUUCAAGCAAUGGGUCAUGUUAUUGUAGCAAAUGGAGUAGCUAAAUUAAUGUCUGAGAGGAAACUACCACGAAUCCUAGGGAAUUUAUCAUGGUCAGAUUGGAUAGUUUUGACUAUGGUAGGAGUUUCUGUGUUCAUGCUAAUAAUCCAAGUCCUUAUAUGUGUUACUAGAAGGAAAAGUACCAAACCUGUCAAAUUGAUUAUUUCUAACCAAAUGGAUAGAACUAAGAAUGGGACAUACAGCGUGAAAUAA